CUAAAUUAAUUACUACCCUCACUCACUCCCACUUUCAUCUCUGUCUCUGUCUCUGUCUCUGUCUCGUGUUUUCUCUCCACAACAAUUCAUAGAAGAAGAGAAGAUGUAUAAGAAAGAACUCUGCAGACACUUUCAGCGUGGCAACUGUCGGUAUGGCGAGUCGUGUAAAUAUCUUCAUGGAACUCAACAACAACAACAUCAACAACAACCAAAAUCUGUUGUCUUUGGCUCAAAUCAACAACAAAACUCGAACCCUUUUGGUUUUGGUGUCCAGAACACUUCUCAGUCAAGAGGGGGCACAGAUUUUGCAUCCAAACAGAACCAAACCAAGCCAUUUCAAAACACAUGGACUCGUUCCACCUCCACAACACCCGGUGGUGCAUUGCGGCAAUCUGAUAAUUCAGCUCCAUCUGUAAAUCAUAAGUGCACAGACCCUGAGACUUGCAGGCGCCAAAUUGCUGAAGAUUUUAGUAAUGAAAGACCACUUUGGAAGCUCACAUGCUAUGGUCAUUCCAGAAAUUUGCCUAGUGAAAUUGUUGGUGAUAUUAGUUAUGAAGAGUUGCGGGCAGCAGCAUACGAUGAUAAUAGGCGUGGAGUGAGCUUGCAGUCAAUAGUUGAGAGAGAGAGGAAUUUAGUCAAUUCCAAGAUGGUUGAGUUUGAUAAUUUCCUUCAUAAGCCAAAUGCAGUUCCACCAAACUCUACUCUUGCCAGCCAAAGCCCAUUUUCCGGGGCCAGACCAAAUGCAUUCCCAGGAACUGCUCAAAAUAAUGCCCCUCCUUUGGUCACAAGUUUUAGUCAACUAGGUGCAUCGCAAAUUGGGGGUCUUGGAAUAAUGCCCUCUACACCAUCUAACAAUGCUUUUGCACAACCAAAUGCCUUCCCAAAUUCCAGUCAGAUGUCAAGUGCAUUUGGGACAAACAAUUUUCCAUAUAAAAGUGAAGGUGCAUUUAGCUUUCAAAAUCCUACCCAAACACCUGGAAGUUCCAUUACAUCCAACACAGCAGGCUUCAGCAAUGGUGGUAACAUAAUUGGUGGAAAUAACUCAUUUUUUCCUCCAGUAGCACCUGCACAAAUAUCCAUUUCAACGAGUAACAACUCGUCCAUCCUUCCAAACGGGCCCAACUUUAAUACAGGUGGACCAGCAAUCACAAAUGUUCAAUUGGGAAAUAACUUGCAAAUGGAGAACGCUUCUGGGGAGUCGAGUAUUUGGUUAAAAGAGAAAUGGAAUCCCGGAGAGAUUCCAGAAGAAGCACCUCCAGAUGGAUUUGUUUGGUAAGAAUGCUUCUGGGAUUAGAUCUAUAAGGUUUGAGUUGUUUAUUUUAUCAAACCAAAAAAAAGAGAGAUGAAGAAGCACAGAAAUUAUUGACAUCAGUUGCAGGAUGAAUAAGCAUCUUUAGCAAUAAUGGAGUAGCAAAAUGACUGGAUCUGAUCUGUCUCCUGGGUUGCCCAAGAAGAGUUAUACAUUUGUAUCAAAGUAGCAAAUUAAUGAUACCGGGGAUUGUUUUUUGUUUGAGUUUUUCAGUUUGUGUUUCCAUUUACAUGAUUUCAUUCAGUUUUACUUGGCUAUUAUAGAAAAAGCCUUACUGCUCACUAUUCAUGCUUUACAAAUCCAGAAUUUAGCACCAUUCAUUGUAAUUGACAAACACUUUGAAAAUUGAAGAACUUUUUUAGUCAA